AAUUAUGAUAAAAAAAAAUUUUUUUUUCUAUAGAUCUUAUUUAUUUUUUAUUAGAUUACUAAAAUAAAAUGAAUAACACUAUCCCUGCUGAUCUUCAAGUUGUUUGUGAGUUUGCUUUACCUGAAAUCAAACAAAAUUCCCCACAGAUGAAUCAAGAUGAAAUUUUAAUUGAAGCAAAAGAUCAAGUUGAUGACAAUGAUUCAAUAAAACUCGAAGAAACUGCUGUUAAAGUAGAGACAACGCAAGAACAAAACAAUCAAGAUCUCAUUGCAGGCAAUGAAGAAACAGUAGUAAAACAAGAGACCUUAAAUGAUACCCUAGAUGCUGCUAUUGCAGGAGAAAAAAAAGCAGAUGGAUAUGAAAGUAGUGAUUUGGAUCUUUCAUCUUCCGAUGAAGAAGACAAUGAUGAUAGCGACGAGUCAUCAUCCAGUGAAUCAGAGAGUGAAAGUGAAGAUGAUAAUGAAAAUAACGAUAAGCCAACAGUGAAGCGACAAAAAGUUAUUUCUAAUGAAGAAGAAGAGGAAACGUUUCCUAAUGGCAUUGUAAAAACAGCCCAUGAAAUUAUUGAGAUCGUUGUUGAAAAACCUCAAUUUGAAAUGACACCACAAACAGAAAUUGUGUAUGCAGGACAGAUCUUUCAAGUCAUUGAUAAUGUGGUAGUUGUUUAUGCAAGGUCUGGUAGUGAAUAUCAAACACUAGAUCAAGGCUCUUUGCUCGUAUAUGAGGAUCGUACAAUUUUAGGCGAGGUCUUUGAAACAUUUGGACCCAUCGUAAGACCCUUCUAUUCGGUCAGAUUUAACCAUCCUCAGGAUAUAGAUCGUAAUCUGGCCAAGUUAAAUGCACCUAUUUAUUAUGUACCAAGUUAUCAAAAGACUAAAAUUGUAGAAACAGAAAAAUUAAAGCAGUUGAAGGGAACUGAUGCAAGUAAUCUUUAUGAUGAAGAAGUAGAUGAAGAUGAAAUGGAGUUUUCUGAUGAUGAGAAAGAAAGACAAUAUAAACAAAGAAAGAAUAGAGAGAAAAAGAUGAAAAAGAAACAACAACAACAACAAACAAUUAGAGUAACUAAUGACUUUGAUUCUGAAUUAAUGGCUUAUGAACAAACAACACAAUCUAUUCCUCCUCGUCAACAACAAAGUUAUGCUGAUAUUGUAGAUUAUUCUAUACCUCAGCCACCACCUCAUUUUCAAAAUCAGUUGCCAUCCUCUCACCAGCCACAAUCCUUUUAUAACCAGUUACCACAACAACCUGUUCAACAACAUGAAAGGUCAAACGUCAAUCAUGUUCUUUCAUCUUUAUUUGCUCAACCACCUCCUUCAUUAUCUGAUUUAGAAAAACAGAACCAGUAAUAGUGUGUUUUUUAUUAUUAUCAUUUCUUAUCAUUAAAUAAUCCUUUAAUUUUUUUCAUCAAGUUUGCACC